AUCGAAACAUGGCGGCCUUCAGUGAUAUGUUUACAGUCGUGUCUUAGGCAGCCACGCUAGUGAAAAAUGGCUGUUAAAGUUUAUUUAUGUUAUUUAAUAAGUUCAUUAUUAGUUGUGUAUAUGCCAAUGAGAUGUGAAGAAAAUCGGCACUCCACACUAGUUGACGAAUUGUUAAUGUAUAAAAAACUUUUUAAACAUAAAAGAGCUGAUCAUCUAGAAGCAGUCAAAGCCAUCCUUACUUUUGGUAAUUAUGAAAAACAAUAUAGAUUAGUUUAUUUGAUGAUAAAGAAAAUGACAGAGAUUUUAUCUAAAAGUAAAGUUGUUUUAGAAGAAUCAGGAUAUAUUCCAGGUAGUAUUUUCCCAGAAGACAAAGAUAUUCGGGAAGCUUUAGCACAAACAGUUGAAAAUACUGCCUUUUUUGGAGAUAUACUUUUAAAGUUACCAGAUAUAACUCAUAGCAUUUUAAAAAAAGAGAAAGCAUGGUCUUUAUUAAUGAAGUGGUCCUUAGGAUGGUCAAAUUCUACAGGAAUAUAUGAUAAGAAAACAACUGAACUUAUGAAUCUAGUUGCUCAAGAAUUUAAUCUCACAGAAAAGGAUCCAAAUUUUGUAAAUCCAUACAAAAAAGAAAUAGAGAAAAUAACAGCAAAGGAGAUUAAAACAAAGUCACCCGAGAAAAAAGUAAAAAAGAAAACAACAAAAGGUCCUCGUCUCAGUGGAUCAAGGCACACAGAACUAUAGUUAUAAAUAAACAAAGCAGAAUUGUAUUAUUUACCUAAGAAAUGAACUUAAACAAAAUAAGAUAGACAUACACCACAUAUAUUAAUGAAAACUAAAGUAAAAAUCAGUUUAUGGUGUUAAAAUAUGAUUAAAACUUUAAUAUAAAUAAAUGAUACUUUUAUA